AGCUCAGUCGACAGCAAAACAUUUAAAAUAAAAUAACUCCUAAACAUUUUAACUUACAUAUAAUAUUGUUGGUAAUAUUUAAUAUUAUUACGAUAAACGUUAGCAUAAACAAAAUGGAUGAGUUACAAAUAAAAAAGAAUAAUGACAAAAAUGAUGUUACAAGAGAAGAAUAUUUGCGAGCAUUAACUCGUUCAUAUACUGGCAUCGAAAAACCGUUAAAAGGUUUUGCUAUAUGUGAAUCGUUAGAUGAUCUGGUUAAAAAAUUACAUUGUAUAUUUGAGUCAAAUUACAUUAAUAUAGAAUAUGUUCACCAUCUAAUGCUUAGCUACAAAAGCAAUCGCAAGGAUUGGAAGAAAUAUGCAAAAUUUGAUAGAUAUAGAUACACGAGAAAUCUGGUUGACGGUGGCAAUGGAAAAUUUAAUCUUAUGAUUCUAUGUUGGGGCGAAGCACACGCAUCAGCAAUACAUGACCAUGCUGACUCUCACUGUUUUAUGAAAAUGUUAAAAGGUGAAUUGACAGAAGUAAGAUUUGCUUGGCCAAAAGACAGAACGAUUCAUAAUAGUGAAAAUGGUGAUAUUGGAAAUAGUCAUGACAAGUUGGACGAGUUUAUUGGUGACGAAUUGCAAGAAAUUGGCAGAAGCAAACUGGAAUUAAAUGGAGUAGCAUAUAUUAAUGAUACUUUGGGCUUACACAGAGUUGAAAAUUCUAGCCACACUGAACCUGCUGUGUCACUUCAUUUAUAUUGCCCUCCGUUUGACGAAUGCUCAAUUUUUAAUAAAAAAACUGGUAAGCGCACAAAAUGCCAGGUUACUUUUUGGAGCAAAUAUGGGGAAAAAAGGAAUAAAGAAGCAUUCAUAAACUCUGUACCUGAGGAUAAGUGAUAAAUUCAAAAUCAGUAUGAAUCAUGUAUAAAUAAAAAAACCUAAGAGUUGUUUUGUAAAUGAAUACAUAUUUUUAACUAUGAUACAUUACAAAUAACUAAAUACAAUAAUAUUUUUUACUUACAUACAAAUUUUUAUUAUAUAAUUUUUGGAAAUCCCAAAAAUUAAUGAUUAAAAAUGAUUUUUGAAUAAAGAUUCUUUAAUAGCAAUUGUCAUACUAAGGCCAAUAACCUCUGAUUAUUUUUUUUUCUUAAAUUUAUUUAGUAAAAUAAAACUUCUUAUUAUAAAAUCUGUAAUCUGUUUUGAAA